AUGCAGAACCCAGGACAGCAGGUGAGUCAGCUUGCACACCAGAACUCCGUCAGUACUUUGCUGGCACGAGUUCGUGCACGCAGUGCCGGGACACCAAUGCCGUACGCCGCACAGGGUCCUGUUGAGAACUCAGAAUCCGGCAGAGGAUACACCCUUGGCAGGGAGUACCCCACGAUGGGUCAUGGCGACAUGUUCUCGGGCAUCGUGACGCCUGUUGCCCUGAGCUUGACUUUCUGCAUCAUGGUCGGUAAGACCCUCGCCAAGUGA